AUGGCGCCCACCAACCUGCCCCCGCCUCUCGAGGGGAAGAAGAGAAGAAUUGGUGUCAUGACAAGUGGAGGAGACGCGCCCGGCAUGAACGGAGCCGUGCGAGCGGUUGUCCGCAUGGCCAUCCACAACAAUUGCGAAGCAUACGCCAUCUACGAGGGCUACGAUGGACUCGUCAAAGGCGGAGACAUGAUUAAAGAAAUGAAGUGGGACGACGUGAGAGGCUUCCUGUCCGAGGGAGGUACUCUCAUUGGCACAGCACGGUGCAUGGAAUUCAUACAGCGUGAGGGUCGUCGGAGAGCCGCAAAGAAUAUGAUCAUCAAGGGCAUCGACGCUCUGAUCAUCUGUGGUGGUGAUGGCUCCCUCACCGGAGCGGACAAGUUUCGCGCAGAAUGGCCAGAGCUACUAGAAGAAUUGGUGCAAAGCAGCGAGCUCACCAAGGAGCAAAUAGAGCCAUUUCGGCACCUCAACAUUGUCGGUUUGGUCGGCUCCAUCGACAACGAUCUCUCCAUGACCGACGCAACCAUCGGCUGCUACACAUCCCUCGCCCGUAUCUGCGAAGCUAUCGAUUCCGUAGACACCACCGCCGUGAGCCAUCAACGCGCCUUCGUCAUCGAAGUCAUGGGCAGACACUGUGGCUGGCUCGCUCUCAGUGCUGGUGUAGCCACCGGCGCAGACUUUGUCUUCACACCCGAGAACCCUCCUUUCGAGGGAUGGGAGACGGACAUGUGUGCUCAGAUCAAAAAGCACAGGGGUAUGGGCAAGCGGAAGACCAUUGUCGUUGUUGCCGAGGGUGCCAUUGAUCGGAAUCUGAACAAGAUCACACCUCAACAAGUCAAAGACAUCCUCUCCAACGACGCCAAGCUCGACACAAGAAUCACAACACUGGGCCAUGUUCAGCGUGGAGGCACACCCUGUGCUUACGAUCGCAUGUUGUCGACAUUACAAGGUGCUGAAGCUGUCAAAGCAGUUCUCGAAGCUACCCCCGAAACCCCCAGCCCGGUCAUCUGCAUGCAGGAGAACAAGAUUGUUCGUCGCCCACUCCUCGAAGCCGUCGCUCAGACCAAGGAAGUAGCUGUUGCUAUUCACAACAAGGACUUCCAGCGAGCCAUGGACCUCCGCGACACAGAGUUCGAAGAGCAGUACAAGUCAUAUCUCAUCACCACGGCCGCCGACCAACCUGAAUUACUAGUACCAGAGAACAAGCGUAUGCGUGUUGGCAUUAUCCACGUUGGAGCGCCUGCAGGAGGAAUGAAUGCCGCAACACGAGCAGCCGUAGCGUACUGUCUUGCUCGGGGACACACCCCAGUCGCCCUUCACAACGGCUUCCCGGGUAUCAUUCGUCAUCAUUCGGAUGAGCCGGUCGGUGCAGUUCGAGAAAUCGACUGGAUCGACGCUGAGACGUGGGCCUCGAAGGGUGGGUCCGAAAUUGGAACAAACCGUGGUCUACCUAGUGAGGACCUCGAGACUGUCGCGCUGGUAUUCAAGAAAUUCAAGAUCCAGUCGUUACUUGUCGUCGGAGGAUUCGAGGCGUUCACAGCUGUCUCCGAACUACGGAAAGCGCGAGUACACUACAAGUCGUUCAAGAUUCCUAUGGUGAUUAUCCCCGCCACAAUCUCGAAUAACGUCCCGGGAACCGAAUACUCAAUCGGCUCCGACACGUGCUUGAAUGCACUCAUUCAGUACUGCGAUGCCUGCCGGCAGUCAGCAUCAGCAUCCCGCCGCCGCGUCUUCGUCAUCGAAACCCAAGGCGGCGAAUCCGGCUACAUUGCGACCGUUGCUGGCCUCAGUAUCGGCGCCUUAGCUGUCUACACCCCAGAGGAUGGCAUCGACAUCAAGAUGCUAGAUCGCGACAUCGAUCACCUUCGAGAGGUCUUUACGGAGGACAAAGGAAAUAGCCGAUCGGGCAAAGUCAUCCUCGUGAAUGAAAAGGCGUCCAAGACCUAUUCUGUCCAGAUUAUUGCUCAGAUGAUUGCGGAAGCUGGCAAGGGCAAGUUCGAGUCCAGGCACGGUGUCCCAGGUCACUUCCAGCAAGGCACCACCCCUUCACCCAUGGAUCGUGUCAGGGCUGUCAGGUUUGCGACCAAGGCUUUGCAGCAUCUAGAAGGCUUUGCUGGCGAGGACCCAGAGGAUGUUGAUGAUGAUCCUAUGUCCAUCAGCGUCAUUGGUAUCAAGGGCUCGAAACUACUCUUCUCACCAAUGGAAACUGUUGAGAGGAAAGAGACUGAGUGGCAUCGUCGCCGGCCGAAACAUGAGUUCUGGAUGGCACUUAAGGAGACGGUGGAUACGUUGAGUGGUCGGCCACAUGCGCCUGCGAAGCCGAUAGAUAUAGACACUCUAGCGGGGAGGCCGGCGAAGAAUUAG